AUGGGCCUGGAGCUCUAUCUGGACCUGCUGUCAGCAUCUUGCCGUGCUGUCUAUAUCUUUGCUAGGAAAAACAGCAUCCCCUUUGACUUCCAGUUUGUGGAUCUGCUAAAAGGUCACCACCACAGCAAGGAAUACAUAGCGAUCAACCCCUUGAAGAAGCUACCCAGCCUCAAAGAUGGAAAAUUUGUCUUAUCUGAAAGUGUGGCCAUCCUUUUCUACCUGUGCCGCAAGUACAGCACACCCUCGCACUGGUACCCACCAGACCUGCACACACGUGCCCGUGUGGAUGAGUUCAUGGCCUGGCAGCACACUGCCAUUCAGCUGCCCAUGACCAAGAUCCUCUGGAUCAAGAUGCUGAUUCCAAUGAUCACAGGCGAGGAGGUUCCAUCCGAGAAGACAGAGCAGAUGCUGGCCGAGGUGAAGAACAGCAUGCAGCUCUUCGAGGAGAAGUUUCUUCAGGACAAGAUGUUCAUCACCGGGGACCACAUCUCACUGGCUGACCUGGUGGCCCUGGUGGAGAUGAUGCAGCCCAUGGGAAGCCAGUAUAACGUCUUCCUCAGUAGCUCCAAGAUAGCUGAGUGGCGCAUGAGGGUGGAGCUGGCUAUUGGCUCUGGCCUCUUCUGGGAGGCCCAUGACCGGCUGAUGAAGUUGGCAGAGUGGGACUGUUCAACACUGGAUCCAAUGGUCAAGGAGAAGAUCUGCGAGUUGCUGCAGAAGUUCAAGUAG